AGAAUUCCCUCUUCUUCACCCUUGCUCUAGUUUGCAUUCAGGACUCCUGAAGGCAUGGGUGUCAUCACGAUAACUGAGGAGUACACAUCCCCAAUCCCUCCUGCCAGGUUAUUCAAGGCCUUGUUCCUCAACGCUGACAAUUUUCUCCCAAAACUCUUGCCGCAAGUCCUUAAGAGCAUUGAACUUGUCCAAGGAGAUGGAGGGGCCGGCAGUGUCAAGCAAAUGAACUUUGCGGAAGGAAUCGGUUUAGGCCCUUUGAAGCACAGAAUCGAUGAGAUCAAUGAAGAGACUUUUGUGUACCACUACACAUUGAUUGAAGGUGAGGACUUGCUGGGUAAGCUUGAAAAGGUUUCUCAUGAAACUAAGUUUGAGCCUUCUCCAGAUGGUGGUAGCAUUUCUAAGAUUACCAGCAAGUACUACACCUUGGAUGAUGCUGCGAUUACUGAGGAUGAAAUCAAGGCCAGCAAGGAAAAGGCCAUGGGAAUGUACAAGGCAGUGGAAGGCUACCUCCUCCAAAAUCCUGAUGCUUAUGCUUAA